GUAUUACAAGUGGAUAAAUAAUGUGCACUGCUCUGAGCCCAAAGGUACGCAGUGGACCUGGCCUCUCUGAUAUGCAUCAGUAUAGCCAGUGGCUGGCCAGCAGACAUGAAGCUAAUUUGCUACCGAUGAAAGAAGAUUUGGCCUUGUGGUUAACCAAUCUAUUAGGGAAGGAGAUUACGGCAGAAACGUUUAUGGAGAAAUUGGACAAUGGUGCCUUGCUCUGUCAACUUGCAGAAACUGUUCAGGAGAAAUUCAAAGAGAGCAUGGAUUCUAACAAGCCCACGAAGGUAAAAGAGCCCAUAACUAUUAGGAUGUGGAUCACACUUGUAGUUGCUUAUGAGUUGAAUUUAUUUUAA